AUGGAGGCAGCACCUGUAGCAACGAGAACCCAUGCUGUGCUGUGCUGUACAGCGGCGGCGCUGGGCCGCGCGCGCCACGCCCAAAGUGCCCGCUGCAUCCAGAUCCACCGCUUCGCCCCCGAGCUGUGCGUACUGUGCUGCACCCCCCCCCACACACACACAGCAGUCCAUUUUCUGACCUAUUUCGGUGGUAACCCCCUCUGCAGGCACGAGACGCCCAUUCCCAUGGACCAAGUGCGCGAGAUCGCCGACAUGGAGCCCACGCCGCUGUCGCUGCAGCAGAUGCGCACGUUCGCGGACGGCGGCGCCAAGCUGCGUAUCGUCUCAGCCAAGUUCCUGCACAAGGAGCUGCAGUCGCGGUUCGCGCGUGCCAUUGUGGAGCUGUCGGAGUUGCCGCUGGGGCUAAGCGACACGACGUCCAUCCGCGAUGCCAUCGACGUGUACAGACGUGAGCUGAACUGGAUCAACACGACCAAGCCACCGAGCACCAUUGCGGAGGACCGGCAGUUCACGGAGACGCUGCGCCAAGCCAAAGCGAGGGGCUCCAACCUCGUGCCGCUCAUUUGCUACGGACUGCAGCAGCUCAAGGCCACGGACCUCGGACACAGCGCGCUGCAAAUGCAGAGUGCGCAGGAAGAUAUCAAGGACCGGCUGAACAAGUUCUUCCUGGGUCGCAUCGGGAUCCGCAUGCUCAUUGGCCAGCAUGUCGAGUCGCUCGAGAGCCCCGGAGGACGGGUGCACCUUGUGAACGUCGAGGAGAUCGUGCGCGAGGCGUGCGACCGUGCCACGCAACUGUGCGUCCAGUACUGCGGCGAAGCACCGCCGGUCGAGAUCCACGCAACAGCGAGUGCCAGUACGCCGCUGAUGUAUGUGCGCUCGCACUUACAUCACAUGGUCUUCGAACUUGUGAAGAACGCGAUGCGUGCAACCGUGGAGCACCACAAGAAACUGACGCAUAAAGCGCCUGGUGCGGUGAACCAUUUCAAGCAAGUGAUGAACCCGGACAGCCCGUCUUUGGGGUUCUUCCUUCCAUCGGUGAACGAUGUAUCUGGCGUUAAGAUCUUCCCUGACGUCAGCAAGUACAAGCUUGAAAAGGGACUCCCACCUGUAGAGAUCGUGAUCUGCGUGGGGAGUGAAGACCUGACUAUCAAAGUGAGCGAUGAAGGCGGCGGUGUACCUCGCAGCCGCUGGAAUAAGCUGUGGCACUAUGACUACACCACAAGUCGACCAUGCCCGCCCAUCGACUCGAAUAACUACCACAGCUACAGGCAACACUUCAGCGGAGGUGGCUAUGGGCUGCCCAUGGCAAGGCUAUUUGCUCGUUACUUCGGGGGCGAGGUCACGUUCAGCUCGCUCGAGGGCUCCGGGUCGACCGGGUUCAUCCAGGCGCACCGCCUGGGAACCAACAUGGAAGUCAUCCCUGGUCACGCAUCGUUUAACCUUCCACCGCUCCACUCGUAA